ACACAGUUAAUUAAAUGCUCGUGUGUUCAACGCCGGUUUCUGUCUCACGCGAAUCAUGAAGCAUCAGCUCAAUGCACUUUUCAUCUUUAAUCUAUUGGCAAACGUCAUUGCGGACCCGAUCAAUUGUCAGACCGUUACCGAGACACGAGAUAACAGCGUCACGUUCUUCUGCACGGAGGUAACGAGUUUAAUGAUAUUGGAGAAGGCGAAUACCAACAGUACGUACAUCGAGAUUUCGGAUUCGAGAAUACCCGAUGUACCAGGAAGAUUCGGCGCCAGCCUCAUAACUUUGGAUCUACACGGAUCAAGCAUACGGACGAUAUCUUCUUCGGCGUUCGUAGGCCUCGCGAAACUGCAGAAUUUAUUGCUGUGGGGCAAUAAAUUGAAAGCCGUGCAGCAUGAAUGGUUUAUCAACACGUAUAGCUUGAGAACUUUAGACGUGUCGUUCAACGACAUCGAGGUAAUAGAGGACAGUGUAUUCGGGCUACUUCCCAAUUUGGAGAGCUUCUAUUUCGAUUAUAACAAGAUAAAGUUCAUCAACUACAACAUGUUCGCGUAUCUGCAAAACCUUAAAAAUGUGAAGUUCGAGAAGAAUCCGUUGAACUGGGGAUACCGUGCAUAUUUAACGUGGCAAUUGGAGAAUCAGCAGGUGAGAUACGGCGAAGAUUGGGAGGAAUGGGGAUGGAUGAACGUCGUUAUCAAAGAGUGCUCGCAAAGUGGCUACGGAGAAAUACCGAAAGAUACGGUUCUCGAUUGCAUCGUUGAAAAUUUACUGAACUACACAUACGAAGUGUUUUCCACGAGUAUGAUACAACAGAGCGACAACUGUACCGCGAAAGCUCGACAGCUAGUACGUUGUAUGAGACCUAAAAACGUCACCGGGAAUACGGAUAACGAGACUGCGAGAAGAAUACUUGAAGAUUACACGGCGAUACUGCCAACGAUGUCUAGAUCAAAUGCAAAAUUUUCAACAUCGUCAUUUAGCAUUUCUUAAGUUUCUCAAUCAAACAAUUGAUCAAAUAUCUAUAUAUAUAUAUAAAAAAUAUAAAAUGUAUAUAUAUAUAAAAUAUAUA